UCUCUCUGCAGAUUGCCAGUGACAUUCAAAGAACGACCAUGAGUUGGAUCCAGUGAGGAAGUGGAACACGGCAGAGUUCUAUUCAGGGUUCUAAAGGAGCCACACGGUUCUUAAGUGACCCACCAGGGAUAAGGGGCACAGGGAGUGUCACAUGGAUACUUCUGCCACAGCUUACUAAGGAUGAAAGCAGAGACAGUCACCUUAUUCUCAUCUUCCCUGGGUCCUAAUGCUCCUCUCUCCCCCUGCUGAAGCUUCAUCCCCCUAAAUCCCUGCAAGAGAAGCCCCCCAGAGCCUAUGUGAUGUCACAUCCGUUGCCCAGGUCUGAACACCUCUUCUAGCAGCUCUCCUCUCCACCUCCAUCUCCUUCUCUUCUUCCUCCCAGGCUCUCCUCGCCUUCUACUGGGCAACAAACUUUGGCAGCUCCAUCAGCACCAGGGACAGCGCAGGAUGUGCAGCACAGAGCAGUGCUGAUGAGCCGCCCAGACAGGGGAGCAGCAUCAUGCAGACUCCUAGCAGCCUCCUCCUCCUCCUCACUCUCCUGGCUCUGCUGGAGCCUUCCAAGACCCAAAUCAGCCCUCGAGAAGGUUGGCAAGUAUACAGCUCGGCUCAAGAUCCUGAUGGUCGAUGUAUCUGUACUGUGGUGGCUCCAGAACAGAACCUGUGCUCCAGAGAUGCAAAAAGUAAACAGCUUCGCCAGCUUCUGGAAAAGGUCCAGAAUAUGUCCCAGUCCAUUGAGGUGCUAAAUCUACGCACACAACGAGAUUUCCAGUAUGUACAAAAAAUGGAAAACCAAAUGAAAGGGCUUAAAGCUAAGUUUAGACAGAUCGAGGAGGAUAGAAAGACCCAGCUCACUCGUCAUUUUCAGGAUCUGAAGGAAAAGAUGGAUGAGCUGCUGCCUCUGAUUCCCGUUUUGGAACAAUAUAAAACAGAUGCAAGGCUCAUUACUCAGUUUAAAGAAGAGAUUCGUAAUUUGACUGGCAUUCUGACCACUAUCCAGCACGAGAUAGGAGCUUUUGAUUAUGAAGAUCUUCACCAGAGAGUGCUGGGCCUCGAGACCAGGCUGAGAGAGUGCAUGAAGAAACUCACAUGUGGAAAACUAAUGAAAAUUACAGGACCGGUGACAGUGAAAGCAUCUGGCCCAAGGUUUGGAGCAUGGAUGACAGAUCCUACUGCAUCAGAGAAAAACAACCGUGUCUGGUAUAUGGAGGGAUUUACAAUAAACAAAGUGGUACGGGAGUACAAGUCGAUGGCAGAUUUCAUUACUGGUGCAGAAUCUAGGACUUAUACUCUUCCUGUAAAAUGGGCUGGUACCAGCCAUCUGGUUUACAAUGGAUCCCUCUUCUUCAACAAAUACCAGAGUAACAUAAUCAUCAAGUACAGCUUUGGCACAGGCAAAGUUCUGGCGCAGCGUAGCCUGGACAAUGCUGGCUUUAAUAAUGUCUAUCCCUAUACUUGGGGUGGACAUUCUGACAUUGAUCUUAUGGCAGAUGAGUUUGGACUUUGGGCUGUCUAUGCCACAAAUCAAAAUGCUGGCAACAUUGUGAUAAGCCAAUUACGACAGGACACGUUAGAGGUUGUGAAGACCUGGGUUACAGGAUACCCCAAAAGAAGCGCUGGAGAAUCAUUUAUGAUCUGUGGUACCUUGUAUGUUACCAACUCUCACCUCACGGGAGCCAAGGUCCAUUAUUCUUAUUCCACUAAGUCCUCUUCCUAUGAAUACACAGACAUUCCAUUCCACAAUCAGUACUUUCACAUAUCCAUGUUGGAUUACAAUGCCCGGGAUCGUGCCCUCUAUGCCUGGAACAAUGGGCACCAGGUGCUCUUCAAUGUCACUUUAUUUCACAUUAUCAAGACGGACGAGGACAUGUGAGGUGGACCAUAAGCCUUCUUCCAGCUGGUGGUCCUUU